CGAGGCAAGAAGACCUCAAGAACUGACCAGUCGACCGAGAAGAGUCAUCUUAAUUUGUAACGACGAAAGGAAGAUGAAUUAUCUUGGUUUGCUUUUCUUUAUUGGCUUGAUAUUUACAGUUAAUCUCAAUGUAUUUUCCUGGGCCGCAACGACUUUUAAUAAAACCACGGUGAAAAAUUACAAUGGAUUUGGGCAUCUGAACCGACAAGCGGAAACGCGUAUGGUGCAGCAAUGCGAUCUUGACGAUUUCUCUUUGGAUUAUCAAGAACCAGUUUUUCCACAAGUCCCAGGUGUUACCACCUCCAUUUGCCAAAGGGGUCAGUUUGCCACAUUUUACGAUGGAGGUUUGGGAAUACCUCGUUACGCAGUAUAUAUGCUUACGGACGACGAAGUGAAAAAGUUUAAAUCGUUUAAAAGACCUACGAGUGACCCAUGGUCUCAAACUCCAGGAAUUACCCAUCAGGGAAGUAAUGAUCUGUAUAAGGGAGGAAAUUAUCAAAGAGGUCAUAUAGUUCCCUUUGAGACUUUAUCUUACAGUGAAGAAAGUGGACUUGCUUCCUUCACCUACACCAACUGCGUACCACAGGUCGGAAGUUUUAACACAGGACUAUGGCGAGUAUACGAGGCUAAAAUACGGAAAUAUGCCGGGGUGUGUACUUCACAAGGAGGGACCCUCUACCUGAUCACGGGUAUAUCAUUUGUUAGACUUGUAACCAAUCCUAAAACCCUCCAACUCGAGCCGGAAUUGCCACAUUCUAUCAUGGCUUUCCCUAACAAGCCAGGCAUCGUACAAUCACAAAAAAUUGCAAUCCCUAACUCGAUGUGGACAGCUGGCUGUUGUUGGAGUGCAAUGAAAGGGAUCGUCACAGGAGCGUUUGCUGUGAUAGGUAAUAAUGAUGAAAACAAAGAAAUGAAUAAGAGAAUCAUGGCCCACCAAAGCUUACCAUAUGUCGAACAAGUCCUUCAAAAAGAAAAUAAAAAUAUUGAAUUGUUCCCAGGGCAUAACGAUUGCUAUGACCUGACUAAGCAGGUUACUCUUUGAAAGUAUUUUGAAAAGAAAUGGUUAUGAUUAACUGUUAACAUAAAUCGCCCAAUUCCGUCAGUAGUCAAACUCGUGAUUGACGAAUCAGACUCUCGCGAUUACAGACCGAGUUAAGCUACACCUGCAACUGUUUAUCCUUUUAUCCUUUAAUUAGUAAGUAACUUGUAGCACAUUUGGUGUUGUCCGUGAACUGAGUGCACAACAGAUAAUUAACGCAAUUGAGUUCACGUGUAUCAAAGAAGCGAAUC